AUGAAAGAGAGCACGAAGAGAAAAUCCGGCCAGCAUAAGAGCUGCGAGGAAGGGAAAGAGGAUCACAAGACCGAACAUACAAGCAAAUCACUCAAGUCCGACAAUGCACCGUUGGCGGAGCGUGUUCGCCCUAGAAGCUUCGACGAUAUUGUCGGCCAGACUCACCUUGUAGGGUCUAAUGGAAAUAUCCGCCAACGUGUUCAAGAGGACAACGUUCCAAACAUGAUACUCUGGGGGAGCUCGGGAACUGGCAAGACCACCAUCGCCCGCAUUAUUGGGUCUGUCUCGAGGAGAAGAUUCUAUGAGAUCGGCAGCACAAUCACGACAAUGACAGAGUACAGAAGUAUCAUUGCAAGGGCCUCGAAGGAUGUGGACACAGAGCGAAAACCGUCUAUUGUGUUUUGCGAUGAGAUACACCGUAUUACCACGCCGCAGCAAGACAUACUCCUCAAUGCCAUCCGGGACGGUCGCAUUACUCUGAUCGGAGCUACCACAGAGAAUCCAUCUUUGACAAUUCGGCAUGGACUGGUUUACAAAUGUAUAGUUUAUACGCUCACCAAGCCGAAAGACGCGGACGUACAGAAUAUGCUUCACCGAGUAGUUGAAGAACGGGGCUUACACUCCCACCUCCUGGAUGAUGGAUUUUUUGGAUAUCUGUCAAGCUUCGCUGAUGGGGAUUGUCGAUUAUCACUGAAUCUCCUGGAGAUGGCGCACGACUUGUCUAAACGAGACGGAAUGACAGGGGAAAGGUUGAGAAAUUCACUCACAAUGCAUCUUAACUACGAUCGCUCGGGUGACCAACAUUACGACACUAUCUCGGCCUUCCACAAGUCAAUCCGAGGCAGUCAUGCAGAUGCUGCACUGUAUUACCUUGCGAGAAUGCUCAAGUCCGGUGAAAAUCCACUAUUCAUCGCGCGUCGUCUUAUUGUAGCAACAUCGGAGGACAUUGGGCUUGCUAACAAUGUCUUGCAGACAUACGCAACUUCCGUAUACUCCGUGCUUGAGAAGCUGGACAUACUAGAUGCACAGGCCCCGCUGGCGCAGUUGGUUAUUAUGCUGUGCUUAUCGAAGAAGAGCACUCGUUCAUAUAGAGGCUUGAAUAAUGCUUUUGCUUGUCUGAAGGAGCCUGGGGCUGCUGAUGCGUCCAUUCCAUAUCACCUUCUUCCUAUUAGUUCGGAAGCCAAAGCGAUUGUUGAAGAAGGUAUUGCACAUCAAUCAGGGUAUAAGAGAAGGAAAGUGAACUUCCUACCUGAAUGUCUGGAGGGUCGGAAGUUCUUGGAAGAUACUGAUUUCUUGUUCAAGAGAGACCCUGACCUCACCUAUUGA